GUAGUCUUUAUACAAGCUAAGUUUCAUCUUGCAGUUGACAUUAAGAAAUUCACACUUUCUCUUGUCUUGUCCGUCUCUCUGUUUUGUCUUCUUUUCCUGUCAGUCUCCUUCGAACCCGAAACCCUCUCUUUCUCUUUCAUUUCGAAAAGAAUUUCACUUAAUUAGAGCGUACUGCAAUUAAACUGGGGAAAUUGGGAUAAAUCUCUAUUACCAGGUCCGAUUCCAGCUUGUCACCUACAAAUUCCAGAAUCAUAAUGUGGCGCUGGUUUAACUGAUUCACCUAUGUGGUACAUUAUUUCGUGGUAUUAAUCAUGGCAUUUAUGAAUCUACUAGAUGAGCGGUCCAGUUUGGACGAUGAGGAGCAUUUUAAUACUAAUAUAUUCAUUAAACUUCAAGAUUCUGAUGAGGGAUGUUUUGAAUCUUCAUUCCUGGAAAGUGCACAAUCAACAGUUCCUUUUAUAGUAGUUAAUGAGAAACCUUCAGAUUAUAUGGUAUCACUUGUAAAUCCAACUGUGAAUGAAAACUGUGAUGGCGCACCUUCAGAUGAUACUGAAUUAGAACCUCAUCCCAGCUUGGCAGAUGAACAAGCACCAGAGCUUUUACGAAUACAGGCGGUGGGCCAGGAAGUAUACGGGGUUUGUAGACCAACUAACACUGAGUCUAAGUCUCUUUCUAGAUCAGAGAAUGAGAAAAUUCUAGAGAGGGAAGACGUUUCUCUUAGUACCAAUUCAUGUCAUGAGGAAAAUGCUGAGUCACAGAAUUCUCAGCCUGUUCUGGUUUCAGGCACUGCGAUGUUCUUGAAUUUAGACCAUGCUGACGACCUUGUUUGCAGUGAUGAGGAAAAGAACCUUGGGGAGUUUGUUCCUCCCGAUGUUUCUACUCCAAUAAAAUCAAUUCAGAAGGUUGCCCACCGAACAUCAAAAUACCAUGGAGUUACUAGACACUUUUGGACUGGAAAAUUUGAAGCACACCUAUGGGAUAACAGCUACAUAAGAGAAGGUCAUAGACGUAAAGGCAAGCAAGUGUUUUUAGGUCAAUAUGACAAUGAGGAGAAAGCAGCGCAGUCUUAUGACCUUGUAGCUCUCAAAUACUGGGGUCUUCAUGCAAGUACCAGAUCAAAUUUCCCUAUUUCUACUUACAAGAAACAACUCGAAGAGAUGAAGGAAAUGUCAAAAGAGGAGUUUGUCAUGUACAUUAGGAGGAAUAGUUGCUUCAAAAAAGGAUCUUCUGUUUAUAGAGGCGUGACAAGACAUGGAGAUGGCCGGUGGCAAGCUCGAAUAAGUGGAAUACCUGGAAGAAGGGGACUUCACCUUGGGACAUUCAGUAGUGAGGAAGAUGCUGCUAAAGCUUACGAUAUCGCUUCUAUCAGAUAUAGAGGCAUGAAGGCUUUCACAAAUUUUCAUGUCAGUAACUAUUCUCCACUGGAUUCAAAAGAAUCAGAGGGACAACUACCUGAACCAAAAAAACUAAAGAAGGAUGUUAAUCUUACUGAGUCUACAAUUGUUAUUGCUAAGUCAGAUCCUCGCCAGGAUGUUAGAACUCAGACAGUAUGACCUGAAUAAAGAAAAAAAUAUUAAAAUCUUGUUCUGGGGGUCUCACUUAAGGGCCCUAGUUUCUCUCUUAUGAUUCACAUAUAAUUUUUAUAUAACUGAGGCACCCUUUGGUUUCAGUUUAAGGUGCUGCAGUUCUAUUUUCUAGGUCAUGAUAAUUGAAUUUCCCCCUGGCCAAGGUGA